UAAAUUAGUUUAAAUUAGAACCUGAUAGUUCUAUCAAGGAGUAGUAUUUUAGUUAAUAGUGCUAAAAAGUCGUAACAAUUUUAUUAAUUUAAUUGCUUUAAUAAAUUGUCACAUAUCCAAUCAGCUGGAAAAUAUCAAAAUGGCCAAUCGAACAACAAGAUAAAGAACUGUCAUCAACGAUGUCAGAUUGACAUAACCUGUCAAUUAUUCCCAUAUUUUCAAACAAAAAUGUUACUCGACCGUAAUAUUUCAUUAUUUAGUGUUAUACUUGUGUCGUGCUUAGUGUUAAGUGAUUGUACACAUUUGAAAGGGACGUUCAGGACUGACGAGUUCUUUAAAUUUUUAAUAAAGUUCGGGUUCCAAAAGACAGACAGACAUCAGCCAGAUUUAACGCACGGCUAUAUAUUUGGCAACAUAACGUCAAACAGCCGUUUUCCAGUCCCGGUCACAUUGGCUGUGCUGGACAGGUAUCAUUUUUUGGAAUUCUACAAAAAUAGCCAUUCAGACAAUGUCUUCAACAAAGACCAAAUAUGCAAGCAGAUGUUUCGGAGGCUUAAUUUUACUGCGUACGACUCUAAAUGCAGCCCCAAAGGAAAGGACUACUUGAGGAGGAUACCCUGUCCCAAAGGCAAAUUGUGUAUUGAUGAGACAGAUCCUUUCAAUGUGGUCAAACAUAAUCAAUUUACUUAUGUUGUUCAAGACUUCAAACAACCUUCAUUUUGGUAUGUGUCGAUGGUGGCGUGCUACCACAACACGACGAUGUGCGAGUGGCGUCACUACGACUACCCGCACCCUCUUGAAAUCCAAUAUGACAUGUGGCUGGUGAAUGGGAACCCGAACUCUUCCUCCCUCAGCACCCUCACGUACCAGUUCUCGUUCGACCGUCAAAAUACCCUCGAACUUUAUCUAGUCUUCUGGCUUUGUUACAUGGUGCUGGUACCGCUGCAAUGCCACGCCGUUAAGAUUCAACGGCAUCCAGUUACCAGGUUGUUCACCGUCAGUUUGUUACUGGAUUUCGUCGCCCUGUGUUUCAUUCUGAUACACACACUAAAACACGCACUUGAUGGGGUUGGUUAUCCGAAAUUGGAGAUGACUGGGGAUAUAUUUGAUAUUAUGUCUAGGACUACUUUUAUGCUGUUGCUACUAUUGUUGGCCAAAGGUUGGGCCGUGACAAGAAUAGAUCUAACAGGAAAACCUUUGGUGUUCGCAAUUUGGCUAUGCUAUGGAAUUGUACACAUUUUACUCUACGUUUGGAAUUUGACGGAAGUCGACAUAAUAGAAGACAUAGACGAGUACCAGACAUGGCCUGGUUGGCUGAUUAUUGUGUUCAGGUCAUUGAUAAUGAUCUGGUUCUUAUACGAGUUGCGCAUAACGAUGCUUUACGAGCACAACUCUGAAAAACUUAACUUUCUGCUCCACUUCGCCGCAUCCAGCCUUGUCUGGUUCAUCUACCUCCCCAUCCUCGCACUUAUUGCCCUUCACGUCUCCGCCCUGUGGAGGUUCAAGCUACUUCUCGGUAUAACGUAUUCUGCGGACUGCUUCGCUUACUGUGUGAUGGCGCACUUGUUGUGGCCGACGCGGUCUGAGCAGUACUUCCUGCUGAAGGGCCCCUCAUCAGCGGACAUCGAGGAACUCAACGAGUUCAACGAGGCGCCGCACAUCGUCAACAAUUCCUACACGUCGCUCAGCACUUUGGCGUCGAUGGAGAUCUGUCGCUACGAGGAUCCGCCCAAGAAAAACUCGGUGGAGGCGUGAGAUGUUACGUAAGUUAGUUCGAUUGUUGUUGAUUAGUCCUCAUGAAUUGUUCGAUGGGGACAUGGUAUCGGUUUUCUCUCCGGGUUUGAUGGCAGUAUUAUGCGGAUGAGAGUGUUUAAAUGAUUUAAAGCCAAAGAUGCGGUUUAUUGUUAGUUUAUUUAGUAUUAUGUCACAGUUACUCAAGCACUUUAUUAUCAUUUUUGUAAUUAUUUUAUCAUUUAAGUUAUAAGACAAGUAUUUUAUAUACAGAUUAUAUGGUGUAAAAAUUAUUAUUUAUUAAGACGAAAAUUGUUAUAAAAAUAUACUCAAGCCCAAUUAGAAAACUUUAAAUUUACCCUAAUAUUAUUUUAAUCACUUGUUUACCUUGGUUACACUUUCUAAAUUUUAAUUAAUCGUUAAUUGCAUAUUUAAUUAUUGCAGUGUAAAUAUAUAUUACGAUUUAUUUAUUUUAUGUAUUUUUAUGACGUACUUGGAAAGUUGUUUUAUAGUUGGAGGCGAAGAGAACGAUCCCAACGUCUUGCCAAUUAGUCUUAUGAACUGUUUUUAAUCCACGGAGAUUUAUGCUUAUUGUUAGUGUAAUAUCAGGUGUUACUUUCACCAACAUCGCCCAAAUACCAGGACGUAAUUUUUUCUCAAUGUAUCACAGAAAAUGUCGCACAUCUAUGUUGUUUUACCUUACAGUUGAAGCACGUUUUAACAUUAUAAAUAUGUCAGCCAAUAAUCAAUUGGUGUGUUACUACAUAAGUAUACCUGGUUCAAUGUGCAAUACACGUGAACAACACGAAUUUGUUAGGUGUGACGAAUCGUUUAAAGGGUACUUGUAUGCACAAUCUUUGUACAUUAUAUACUAACCAGUGCACCAAAUUUUGUAAAUACUAGAUUUAAAUACAUAAACUGAUAAUUAAAAGUACUUUAGAUAUAAAUAUGCAUAUUAAUAUAUGAAGAAUAUUGGUUGUAAAGUUUUGUUCGCCAAUGAGAUUAUGUAUAAGAAAGACUUAGCUGAUCAAUAUACGUAUUUUAGUUCAAUAUAAUUUAGACUAAGAUCCUUGCAGGUUCCACAGGCCAUUGUAAAAGCAGCUUGGUGUGGAGCCUGCAAGGAAACAUUAUUUAUUGCUCAAUAGUAUAUCCUUGUGAUUAAUUAGAAAAAAUACAGGGUGUUACGAUAUUACGCGUGAAUGUAGUGUUGUUUAUGCAUCCUGUGACCUAGGAUUAUUUUUCCAUUUCGCAGUACAAUCUCGUGCCUGUCUUGUGCUAUAAUUUUAAAUUUUGAAAAACUUAUAGUUGAUUUUUCCUACAAGCUGAAACUGAAAAUAGUGCCAAGUUGAUACCACCAAAUACAUGGUGUGAAUUGCUUUAACUUGGUUCCAGGUGCUAAUUCGGAACCUUAGGUUUUUGAAAAGUCUGUCAAUUCGUCAAUAGGUAUUGUUAUUGUUAGCAUAAGGACAAGAAGGACGUAAGAUUCAGUUUUUAGCAUCGGUCGUUUAUAUUUUUUAUUGUGAUCUCUCUCUCUCUAUAUAUAUAUAUAUAUAUAUAUAUAUAUAUAUAUAUAUAUAUAUAUAUAAGGUGUAUUUUUUUCUAAAUCUUAACAACAGUCAGCUGUAACAGUCGAAAACUUUUUAACUUUGCAUAAUUUAUUAAAGUUAUGUGAUAUAUUUGUGAUAACUUUCUCUUCUUAAAGUAAAUUAUUAAAAAAUCUGUCUCUGUCCACGUUUGAAAAUUACUGUAACUGCUGAUGUUAUUAUAGAUUUUACCAUUUUUGUGAUUCGUGUUUAAUGAACAAUUCCACGCAAGUUUUUUAUAGAUGUUUGUCACAUUUAUUGCAAUAUGUUUUCAAACUAGUUUGUGUCUUAUAGAGUCAAUUUAUAAAUACACAUCGAUCAAUUUUAAAAGAAAUGACUUUAUUGUUGUAACAAGAAAAAUAUUCUUAUAACACAAAAUAAAUAAUACAAUUGUAUUGAA